GUGCAAGCUAUCUAUUUUCUUUCUUUCUUCUUUCUUUCUUUCUUACUCCCUUCUCACUUUUCUCCCUUUUCCAAACUAGGCUUUGUUCCAAUUCCUCUUUGCUCUAUUAUGGUGCAGAAAUCAACAGUUGUCGUCGUAUCGCCUGCGACUCUGCAGCCUCUCUUUGAGGUCCCCUGCGCCACACCCGCCGACAUUGAUGCGGCCGUCGCAAAGGCUGAGCAAGGAUUUGCUUCUUGGCGCAAAGUACCUGUUGCCGAACGAGUCGCCAUCCUUCAAAAGUUCUGCACGUUGUUUGAGCAGAAAAAAGCCCAAGUCGGUGAAACGAUCGUCAGCCAGAUGGGCCGUCCCGUGCGUUACGCAGCUGGCGAGGUUGGCGGUGUGCUUGAACGCGCCAACUACAUGAUCUCGGUGGCUGAAGAAAGUCUGGCGGAUGAAGUGAUUGAAUCCACAGACGCCGUCCAUCGUUUUCUGCGUAAAGAGCCGUUGGGUCCAGUGUUUAUUAUUGCUGCAUGGAACUAUCCUUAUCUCACUAUGGUGAACAACGUAGUGCCAGCAUUGCUGGCAGGCAACGCGGUGCUGCUGAAACAGUCUCCACAAACUCCAAAGUGUGCCGAUCUGUUCGUCGAAACGUUUCACCAAGCCGGUGUUCCGGAGCAGGUGGUACAGGUCAUGCACACGGACGACAAUGGCGCCGACUAUUUGGUGCGACACCAGGGCAUCCAAUACGUCAGCUUCACAGGCAGUGUCGCUGUCGGCAAAACCAUCCGUCAAUCGAUUGGCAAUGCCGAGCGCUUGAUUGGUCUGGGCAUGGAGUUGGGCGGUAAAGACCCUGCUUAUGUCUUGGCCGAUGCUGAUCUGGACUUUGCGGCCGAGAAUAUUGUCGACGGCGCAUUUUUCAACUCUGGCCAGUGCUGUUGCUCGAUUGAACGUUGCUAUGUCCAUAGCGAUGUCUAUGAGUCGUUUUUGCAAAAGGCGGUUGCUAUUGCUCAGAACUAUAAAUUGGGUGAUCCAAGUGACCCAGAGACAACAAUGGGUCCUAUGGCUCAUGUUCGCUUUGCAGACAAGGUGCGCGCUCAAAUAGCAGAAGCAGUCGUCAAAGGGGCAAAGCUACUCGUUCAAACAGAUCGCUACUUUCCGAACGACAAGCCUGGAACAACCUAUGUCGGUCCACAAAUCAUUACAGAUGUCACGCAUGAUAUGACCGUCAUGCAAGAAGAGACAUUUGGACCUGUGCUGGUAGUGAUACCUGUCCACUCGGACAAAGAAGCCGUCGAGCUAAUGAACGAUUCCACGUAUGGACUGACAGCUAGCAUAUGGACCCAAGAUGCGGAUAAAGCAUUAGAGAUUGGCAACCAAAUCGAGUGUGGGACAUGGUUCAUGAACCGCUGCGAUUAUAUUGACCCUGCAUUAGCCUGGGUCGGCGCCAAAGACAGUGGGUUGGGCUUUUCUAUGAGUAAGCACGGGUUUGAUCAGUUCAUUCGACCAAAGUCCUAUCAUUUGCGAUUAAAGCAGUAGUAAUGUAGUAGCAGAUUUGAAGAUGAUAUGUAGAGAAUGCAGUGUAUAUCUGUUGUCUGUGCGAGAAAAGAAAGAGUGUGAGAGAGGGAACUUUAUAUAACCAA